CCUGCUCCUUGUCAUCACUGUCCUUGGAGUCACAGUGCUCCUGCUGGCCCUGAGGAACAUGAACUCAAGGAAGAGAUGUAUCACCCUACAGGACUCUGAAACCAAGUACCCACUGCCUUUGAUUGAGAAAGAGCAAAUCAGCCACAACACCCGGAGGUUCCGCUUUGGACUGCCCUCACUGGACCAUGUCUUGGGGCUUCCUGUAGGUAACUAUAUCCAUCUCUUGGCCAGAAUUGAUGGUGCUCUGGUGGUCAGGGCUUACACGCCUGUGUCCAGUGAUGAUGACCAAGGCUUUGUGGACUUGAUUAUAAAGGUCUACUUCAAAAAUGUACACCCCAAUUAUCCAGAAGGGGGGAAGAUGACUCAGUACUUGGAGAACAUGAAAAUUGGGGACACCGUCCUUUUUCGAGGGCCCACCGGUCGCCUGUUCUAUCAUGAGCCAGGGAAGUUUUCAAUCAAACCAUACAAAACAAGUGACCCUGAAGAAAAGGUGGUCAGUCACCUGGGAAUGAUUGCUGGGGGCACAGGGAUUACGCCCAUGCUGCAGCUCAUUCGCCACAUCACCAAGAACCCCGACGACAGGACCAGGAUGUCCCUCAUCUUUGCCAACCAGACAGAGGAGGAUAUCUUGGUGAGAAAAGAGCUUGAAGAAGUUGCCAGAACUCACCCGGAACAGUUCAGCCUGUGGUACACCCUGGACAGGCCUCCUGUUGGCUGGAAGUACAGCUCAGGCUACAUCACCGCCAACAUGAUCAAAGAGCACCUCCCUCCUCCCGGCCAGUCCACGUUCAUCCUGGUGUGUGGACCCCUGCCCCUGAUCCAGACAGCCGCUCACCCUAAUCUGGAGAAACUGGGUUAUACCAAGGACAUGAUUUUCACUUACUAA